AUGGCCCAAGAGAAAGAGGACAACCAAAAUUCGAUUGGCGGCGGCCAAUCAGGGCAGGUCCGUGAGAACGACAAUCCACAGCUACUGAAUAGCGAGAUGGCCAAAGCCUUUCAGGAACUCGCACAUGGCGAGAGGACGGCAUCAGCCCUGGAAGCGAAACUCGACGGCAUCGAGAGUCGCAUCGAGGAGCUGUUGGCAAGUGUCGAAACCGGCUCCCGCCAGCCUCGCCACGCGUCGGAAUCAGCAGCCCACAAAUGA